AAUUCUAGAAAAGCUUAUGAAGAUUUAUAUAAUCCGAAUAAUCUAACUAAUCCAAAUUCUAAUACUUUUCUUGCUUUAAUUAUACAAUAUAUUUUUGUUUCUAAAGAUGAACAGACUUAUAUAAAUGCUAUUUGGACCCAAGCAAUCUUGAAAAUUAUCUUUGAUAAACAUUACCUUUUUGCCAAAAUUGAUUUUGAAGUUAUUGAUAUUUGGUUUCAGAAGCUUUUAAAUGAAAAUAAUAUG